UUUCCCGAGGUGCCUAGCUCGCUGCAGCGCGGACGAGAGCUCGGAGAGAAGCAAGAUGGCGGACGUGCUGGAUCUUCACGAGGCCGGUGGCGAGGAUUUCGCCAUGGAUGAGGAUGGGGACGAGAGCAUCCAUAAACUAAAAGAAAAAGCGAAGAAACGGAAGGGUCGCGGCUUUGGCUCCGAAGAGGGGUCCCGAGCGCGGAUGCGAGAGGAUUAUGACAGUGUGGAGCAGGAUGGCGAUGAACCCGGACCGCAGCGCUCUGUCGAAGGCUGGAUUCUCUUUGUCACUGGAGUCCACGAAGAAGCCACUGAAGAAGAUAUUCAUGACAAGUUUGCUGAAUAUGGGGAAAUAAAAAACAUCCAUCUCAACUUGGACAGACGUACAGGAUACUUGAAGGGGUACACUCUAGUUGAGUAUGAGACAUACAAAGAGGCUCAGGCCGCCAUGGAAGGACUCAAUGGUCAAGAUCUGAUGGGACAGCCAAUCAGCGUCGACUGGUGUUUUGUUCGGGGUCCUCCAAAGGGCAAGAGGAGAGGUGGCCGAAGACGAAGCAGGAGUCCAGACCGGAGACGUCGUUGAUAAAUCCUCUGUUGCCCAGGUGGUCUCUCCACGAGUCCAUUUGGUGUUACUGCCUUGCAUAAAUAGGGCUAGGGUGGAACUUGUGUUUAUAUUUAAUUUCUUACCCUGUCUACUUUGUAUUGCUUUGAGUUAAAAAGUAAUAAAUGUUUUGUUUUCUACAUUUAAAGUUUUACUGUUCUGGAGACUGAAGAGGUUUACAGUAAGGCCUUCUGAGUCACUGGGAAGACUGUGUCUGGAGUGGGAUUCUGAGUUUCUAGAGGCUCCAAUAGAGACUGCUCACAUUUCUUUUUCUUAGAAGACCAGAGAGCAGGGGUAGUGAGGUUUUUGUAGCAUUAAGGAAUGAUUCUUACUCUUGUGAGCAGAUACUGUAUUAGUGCUUCUCUUCUCACACAGUCUGAUGUAGCCCAGGGUGGCCCAGAACUUCUGUUACUUUGCCUUGGUGUCCCAGGCGCUCAGAUUCCAGGCAUGGGCCACCAUACCCAGUUUAUGUGGUCCCUGUGACUAAAACUUGGGGACUUUGCAUGUGCUCAGCCAGCUCUGCCUUGAGUAUGGUGCUGAACAUAGUUUGUUAGUUCCUACAACACAAAAGAAACCCAGCUUGAUUACUAUAUAACAGUACACUUCUGAGAAGGACAUUGCAGCCUGGCAGUGGUGGCACACACCUUUAACCCCUGCACAUGGGAGUCAGGGGCAGGUGGAUCUCUGAGUUUGAGGCCAGCCUGGUCUACAGAGUAAAUUCUAGGAAAGCUAGGGCUAUACAAAGAAACCCUGUCUAGAAAAACAAAAAUAAACAGAAAAUCACAUUGCUAGCCCUUUCUCAUAGUUUUUAGUUGAAAUGAUUUUUUGAUAUGUCUGUAGUAACUUUGUGGGAUUAUUUUUGCUGUUGCUUUGAAGUCUUAUGUGGGUCACUAUGUGACUCACAUUGGCCUCAGACUUAAGAUACUCCUGUUUCUCUGAUGUAUAAUGGCAAAUAUUAAACAUUUUUUCAGAUA